CUGCCAGUCACUGUGUUCUGGAGUCAUGAACUGCUCAGUUUUUCAGGGCUGAGCCAUCCUCAUUACCGAGUUUCUUCCUGAAUGCAGCCAGCAUCAGCCACUCCCAUUGUGUUCCUUGUUCUGAUCUGGGGAGGGAAGGGGAGCAGUGGUUAUCAUCCUCACUCUGCAGAUGAGGCAACUGAGGCCCAGAGAAGAGGAGAGAUCAGUCUAACCUGAGUCCCUCAGUGCCCAUUGGCUCCCAGUGAGGGGUAAGUCCCUCCUGGAGGGUGAUAUUAGUGACUGUGGGACAGCCCACGCACUGCUAGGCCUGCUCACCCAGGGUCCUCUGAGGUGAGAGGCACAGUCCUGAAAGCUUCAGUUCUGAGGGACUGGGGGAAGGAGCUGGUUGAACUUUUGGGUGCUCUGCUUCACAGAGCACCUUGGCAAGCAGGGUAGGCAGGGGCUGAGGAUGUACCGUUCUUAAGCUGAGAAUAAACCCCAUCUUGGUGGCUGCCCGCAGGCUGCAUACUGGGCCAGAGGAUCCGGCCAGGAUGAAGAAAUGGGGUAGCUCAGACCUGGGGGAGUCUGAGGACCCACCCCAAAAGGACUCCAGCCCAGACCCGCUGGAUGGAGACCCUAACUUCAAGCCAUCUCCAGCCAAGCCCCACAUCUCCACGGCCAGGAGCCGCAGCCGGCUCUUUGGGAAGGGUGACUCGGAGGAGGCUUCCUCUGUGGACUGUCCUUAUGAGGAGGGUGAGCUGGCCUCCUGCCCGACCAUCACAGUCAGCCCUGUGGUCAUCAUCCAGAGGCCUAGGGACGGCCCUACCUGUGCCAGGCAGCUGUCCCAGGACUCUGUCACUGCUGGCACUGAGAAGACCCUCAAGCUCUACGAUCGCAGGAGGAUCUUUGAAGCUGUUGCUCAGAGUAACUGCCAGGAACUAGAGAGCCUGCUGCUUUUCCUGCAGAAGAGCAAGAAGCACCUCACUGACAACGAGUUCAAAGACCCUGAGACAGGGAAGACAUGUCUGCUGAAAGCCAUGCUCAACCUGCAUGACGGGCAGAAUGACACCAUUCCCCUGCUCCUGGAGAUUGCCCGGCAGACGGACAGCCUGAAGGAUUUUGUUAACGCCAGCUACACGGACAACUACUACAAGGGUCAGACGGCACUGCACAUUGCCAUCGAGAGGCGGAACAUGGCGCUGGUGACCCUCUUGGUGGAGAAUGGAGCAGACGUUCAGGCUGCAGCCAAUGGGGACUUCUUUAAGAAAACCAAAGGGCGGCCUGGCUUCUACUUCGGAGAGCUGCCCCUCUCCUUGGCUGCGUGUACCAACCAGCUGGCCAUCGUGAAGUUCCUGCUGCAGAACUCCUGGCAGCCAGCCGACAUCAGCGCCAGGGACUCGGUGGGCAACACCGUGCUGCAUGCCUUGGUGGAGGUGGCCGACAACACGGCCGACAACACCAAGUUUGUGACGAGCAUGUACAAUGAGAUUCUGAUCCUGGGGGCCAAACUCCACCCUACGCUGAAGCUGGAGGAGCUCACCAACAAGAAGGGGAUGACGCCGCUGGCCCUGGCUGCCGGGAGCGGGAAGAUCGGGGUCUUGGCCUAUAUUCUGCAGAGGGAGAUCCAGGAGCCUGAGUGUAGGCACCUGUCCAGGAAGUUCACUGAGUGGGCCUACGGGCCCGUGCACUCCUCGCUCUAUGACCUGUCCUGCAUCGACACUUGUGAGAAAAACUCGGUCCUGGAGGUGAUUGCCUACAGCAGCAGCGAGACCCCUAAUCGCCAUGACAUGCUCUUGGUGGAGCCACUGAACCGACUCCUGCAGGACAAGUGGGACCGAUUUGUCAAGCGUAUCUUCUACUUCAACUUCUUUGUCUACUGCUUGUACAUGAUCAUCUUCACCGUGGCGGCCUACUACAGGCCUGUGGAUGGCUUGCCUCCCUUUAAGGUUAAAAACACCGUUGAAGACUAUUUCCGAGUCACUGGAGAGAUUCUGUCUGUGUUAGGGGGAGUCUACUUUUUCUUCCGAGGGAUUCAGUAUUUCCUGCAGAGGCGGCCAUCAAUGAAGACCUUGUUUGUGGACAGCUACAGUGAGAUGCUUUUCUUCGUGCAGUCACUGUUCAUGCUGGCGACUGUGGUGCUGUACUUCAGCCACUGCAAGGAGUAUGUGGCUUCCAUGGUGUUCUCCCUGGCCAUGGGCUGGACCAACAUGCUCUACUACACCCGUGGCUUCCAGCAGAUGGGCAUCUAUGCUGUCAUGAUAGAGAAGAUGAUUCUGAGAGACCUGUGUCGUUUCAUGUUUGUCUACGUUGUCUUCUUGUUUGGAUUUUCCACAGCGGUGGUGACACUGAUUGAAGAUGGGAAGAACAGCUCCUUGUCGACUGAGCCCACAUCACACAGGUGGCGAGGGCCUGGCUGCAGGUCAUCUGACAGCUCCUACAACAGCCUAUAUUCCACGUGUCUGGAGCUGUUCAAGUUCACCAUUGGCAUGGGCGACUUGGAGUUCACUGAGAACUAUGACUUCAAGGCUGUCUUUGUCAUCCUGCUACUGGCCUAUGUGAUUCUCACCUACAUCCUCCUGCUCAACAUGCUCAUCGCCCUCAUGGGCGAGACUGUCAACAAGAUCGCGCAGGAGAGCAAGAACAUCUGGAAGCUGCAGAGAGCCAUCACCAUCCUGGACACAGAGAAGAGCUUCCUUAAGUGUAUGAGGAAGGCCUUCCGCUCAGGCAAGCUGCUGCAGGUGGGCUACACACCUGAUGGCAAGGACGACUACAGGUGGUGUUUCAGGGUGGAUGAGGUAAACUGGACCACCUGGAACACUAACGUGGGCAUCAUCAAUGAAGACCCGGGCAACUGUGAGGGCGUCAAGCGCACCCUGAGUUUCUCCCUGCGGUCAGGCAGAGUUUCAGGGAGAAACUGGAAGAACUUUGCCUUGGUUCCCCUUUUAAGAGAUGCAAGUACUCGAGAUAGGCACUCUGCUCAGCCUGAGGAAGUUCACCUGCGACACUUUGCAGGGUCCCUUAAGCCAGAAGAUGCUGAGGUCUUCAAUAAUCCUGCUGUUUCUGGGGAGGAGUGAGAGACCUCACACAGGACAUUCUUAACGCUGGGGCUUAGGGAACCCCACUGCCACUGAGGGGCUGUUUAGAGAAUACCUGUUCCCUGUCAGCAGACAGACCUGGCUUGUGCCUGCCUAGCACUUUCCUAAGACUGCACUGGACAAGCUGUGGGAAGCAUUAUUGGAUGUGUGGAAAGAUAUAAGCGUCUAGCCAUCACUAUCCCCAGGUGAAUCUUCUAACAAGAAAUGAUCCUGCUUUCAAGUUUUUACCCACUUUGUCAUAUAGUGCGAAUGGUCACUCUCUACUGGGACACAUGUUAGGCCUUUGUUUUCUUUGUUUUUACAUUACU